CGCAAUGGCGCCUCAGUGUUUGUUUUGCCUUGUGAGCCAUGGCGUUGAGGUUUAUUCGUCGUUGAUAUAAUUAUUGUAAAUAUUCGUUUGACAAAUUGUUGGUAAAUAAUCAGAAUGGGAGAGCUAAAUCUCGAUGACUGCUUCUGUCGAGAUAUUUCACAGAAGUUCAAUGAGCAGAACCUCCAGUACAUUCUGUCCAACCACGGGGAUAUCGAGUUGACGAUGAUGAAUGACAGGAUAAGUGUUACCUUCAAAAAUAAAAAUCACCUCAUACAGUCUUUAUUAACAGCUGAGCAUAAAAUCAGUCAACUACGAAAAAAUUACUCACCGAUUGAUAAACUAUCGGAUGAUUGUCUCGCGAAAAUUUUCUCGUGCCUGCCCAUACCUCAGAGAUUGGCGAUUGAAAAAGUGUGUAGACGUUGGAGAAAAAUAGGUCGCGCUGGCUGGCCAAACGUGAAACAACUCAUCUGGAAAUGCGAGUACAGUAAAUUCAGCAGAAAGGAAGUGGAGGAGAUAUUCGAAAGAUCAGGUCGUUAUCUAAGGCACCUGGACAUUCCAGUGGAGAACGAACGUCAGAGUUACUUGUUAGUGGUUCAAAGGCACUGCGAGCAAUUGGAGAAAUUGAAAAUAACAUUUCCCAAGAGGCCAAUCAGGGAGUACAAUGGCGCCUUAUCUAGAAUAUUCCAGCAUUGUAAAAAACUGUCGUCCAUAAUUAUUCACAAUGUGCAUUCUGACUUCACGUACGAUUGUUUCGAGGAAUUAAAACCAGAAAUAGUGACGGAAAUUCAGCUGGUGGUGGCGGAUUCAGACGUGAGAAACACGAGAGCUUCGAUGAAUGUAUCGAAAUUUCGGUCUUUGAGACGUUUGAAAUUCUGCAAAUUCGUCCUCGGAACUGAAGAUCUAAUUGGGCUCGAUCAACUAGAAAAUUUAACGUCCCUCGAUCUUCGUUAUUGCUGGGUCGACAACAGUCAGAUCAUGAAGAUAUCUAAUCUACAGAAACUCGAGUACUUGUCCCUCGAAGAGACAGCCUUUGCUAUUCGCGAUCAUCACAUGUCGAGGAUUGCGAAGAACUGCAAAAACUUGAAGACGUUAAUUCUAUACAAUCGCUAUGGAGAACUGUCUGACGACUCCUUCAAGGACAUCGCCAGGCUACAACACCUGGAGAUCUUGAACAUGGCGUUCAUAACGGGCGUGAGUGACUGUACGAUAUCAGGAAUGCAUAGUCUAAUACAACUGGAUUGUCGAGGAUGCGAGGGAAUAGGAAACGACGGUUUGAUCGACCUCAUAAAAUGUGCCUCGAAUCUCCAGAAGAUCUGGGUCAGCUGGACGUCGAUAAAUCAGCAUUUCCUAGAGGAAGCCAACGAGGCUAUGAAGAAACGAACGAGUGGUGUAGCUCUGAUCCUGGAGCUAGAUCCUGCCCAGAAAAAGUGGAAAAAACCAGAGAAUCUGUCGCCAUUGCUCAUUCUCUCUGACAACUGGUAUCAGUAGGAUAUUCAAAUCGUCAAUCCUCCGUACACCAAAUAUGAUAAUUUUAUCGUACUCUAGGCUCAUUAACUGACUAAUUAAUUAAUUGAAAAGUGAUAUAGGACAAGUUCAACUAGUUGAGAAAAAUGGAAAACAUAUAUUUCUGUAUGAAAAGUGAUUAGGUAAGAGAUUCGAGGGUACAAAUAAACCUCUACUAACAUUUUCAAAUGA